UCUCUUUGCAUUUUCUUCCAUCAUCCAUAAUUCGGAUUUUCCUUCCCAAUAAAAGCGGGAAUAUCAGGGAAAAGAAGUUUAUUAGAGAGAUUUCAUUUCAGAUAAGGGGAGAGAGAAACUUAAGAGUAUCUCCCAUUUCCUUUCUUUUCCUUUUUAAAACCGAAUAAACCCACACUUUUUCAUUUCUCUCUACUGCUAAAACCUUCAGUCUUCUGAGCAAGAGUUUUGUUUGUUGAAGAGGAAAACGGAGAAGAAGAAGAAGAAGAGAUAAUUGAUUAAGCAGCAAUGGAGUACGAACUUGAAAAUCCAUUAACAGGAUUUGAAGAACAUCAAUCUGAUACCAUUCCGUCACUUUUCUCAUCUGAAUCUGAUCAUAUGACUUACAUUUCGACUUCCAAAAGUAGCGAUCUAGAUGUUUCUGUUCGUCGACAAGCAAUUCCUAUGAUUUUUCAGUUCUCGUGCAAUUCCGACCCGUUCGUACCUUAUUUAGCUGUGAAUUACCUCGAUCGGUUCAUCUCUAGACAAGAGUUGCCGCAUGGAAAACCAUGGAUGAUAAAGUUACUUUGCAUAUCUUGUCUAUCUCUUGCAGCGAAAAUGAAACAAAACGAUUUCUCUCUUACUGAUGAUAUUCAGAGAAAGGAAGGGUUUAUCUUCGAUACCGAAACGAUUCAGAGAAUGGAGCUUUUGAUUCUCGGAGCUUUAAAGUGGCGUAUGCGUUCCAUUACACCUUUCUCAUUCAUCUAUUUCUUCAUAUCUUUGCUCAAACUCAAGGAUCCUCAAUUAAGACAAGCUCUCAAAAAUCGUGCUACACAGAUUAUCUUCACAUCUCAACACGAAAUCAAACUAUUAGAGUUCAAGCCUUCAAUUAUCGCAGCUUCUGCGCUAAUUUCUGCAUCUCAUGAACUUUUCCCCUUGCAAUUCCCCAGUUUCAGAACGGCCAUUUCCUCAUGUAUCUAUGUAAAUAAAGAGAAAUUGUUGGAUUGUUGGAAUGUGAUGAAUUCAACAGUGAUGAACAGCUACGAAUCAGUUUUCGAUAUGAUAAUUUCUCUAUCAACAAACAACACACCAGUCAAUGUACUUGACCUACAUUUCUCAACAACAACAUCGCAAAGCGAGAAAGCAGCAACAGCAACUGUAAUGAUAACAGAAAGAGACAUUAAACGGCGGAAGAUAAGUGGGAAUGAUAUAGGCUACUGUGGUGACAAGUCGUCGUUUCAGGUUACUCAGAUCCAACAGUGUUAGUUUUAGCUUAUUCAUCACAAAUCUAUUAAUAUAGCUCAUAUCUCAACAGUUUCCUAGAGAAUGACAUCCAGCAGCAUAGAAUAGAAAACUGAUGGACGGAUGAUGGAUGAUUUAAUUUUUCAAAUUUCUUGUUUGGGAAUGAUGACGGAAUUCGAUAAAUGGUACCGUGUCUCUUUUGUUCCUUCGCAGAGGAAUAGUAACAAUAAAUAAUUUUUUAAGAAAAUGUAAAUUUUCUACACCAAAAAAGGUGCCUGCCAUUA